AUGCCCGUUUCCCACAUCGGUCUCACUGUCUCUCAUCUGCCAACCUCGAGCUCGUUCUUCCUGUCGGCGCUGCAGUCGCUGGGCUACCGCUACAUCGGCCAGCAGGGCAACCAGGUGGGCUUUGGCAUCGACGACGCCGACUUCUUCCUGUGCCAGGAAACUCCGGGUGUCAAGGCCGGCGCCGCCCACAUUGCCUUUUCCGCGCCCAGUCGCACCGCCGUCAGAGAGUUUUAUACCGCUGCCCUGACCGCCGGUGGUCGUCCCCAUGGUCCUCCUGCCUGCCGCAACGCCGACACGGGCUACUUCAACGCCGCCGUCCUCGACUUUGACGGCAACAGCAUCGAGGCCGUGUACCGCCCCGACGAGGAGUCUGCCUCUGACCAGUCUGCUGGCCGGAGCCGCGUGCUCGACUGGCGCGACGACGUGGCCGACACGCUGACCGAGGCGGAGAGUAUCGAGAGACGCACCUCGACCGCAUCGUCGAUAUCGUCCAUGACGUCUGUGGCCAAGAAGGCCCUCACCGUCGUCUCCGCGUCUGCUGGCUCCGCGGCGAGCAAAGCGACGACAUCUACACCCUCACCCUCACCACCACCACCAGCAUCACCCCCAGUAGAAACCGCCCUUACAACUACUCCUCCCCCAGCCCUGCUCAUCCGCACCACAAGCACCGACAGCAGCGCCUCCAAGACCCUCAUCGGCACCCUCCUCGGCGCCGCCGCCGGAGCCGCAGUCGCAUACGCAAUGUGCAGAGGCGAAGAAGACGGCGCCCGCGCCGAAGCCCUCGCCUACGCCGCUUCCCAGUCCUCCUCCCAGCGCAAGCCCUCCCUCGUCGCCCCGGACUCCUCGCCCUCGCCCGCGCGCCGCAACUUCAGCGUCACAGAAUCAGCAUACAGUUCGCCCGCACACAGACACGAGCUCGACGUCCGCGCCAUCGAGGCUCCUCCUCCGCCGCCGCAUUCCCACGCUCAGAGCCGCUUCUACCAUAACCACAGCCCUCAUCCGCCUCCGUAUGAGACCUCGACAGAUGCCCGGCUCGCGCAGUUUAGCUCGUACAUGUAUGUUGCGCCCACGCGCGCCUCGUUUCGCCAUUCUGCCGGUGCGUCGACGUCUGGGUCGUCGACUGUUAGACCGGCGGCCACGGCAGCGUCACAGCGGCCGGAGAGUCGUGCGCCGACGCUGAUAUCGAGCUUUGUGCCUGAGCAAUCCUCUCGCUCGGCGCUGCUGCUUGCUGUGCCUGGGGGUGGGGAUGGAGACGAUGAUGCAAGGAGUCGUGCGUCGUCGCAUCGGUCGAGUAGGUCGAGGCGUGAGGGCGAGGGCGCGAGUAAAGCGCCGUCUGCUGCUCCAUCUAAGGCCCCCUCGAAGACACCCUCGAAAACACCCUCGAAAACCCCCUCCCACCACUCCACGCCCGCAAAAUCCUACCUCGAAGUCGAAGUCAUAACCGACCCCGUCAUAUCCACAACAUCCACCUCCACCCCUCCCCCGGCCGCCAACACGACCAUAACAGCAACAACCCCCAUCCCCACCCUCAUCGGCCCCCAAGACCUCGAGCUCUCAGACCUCGACAUCGACGACGCCACCGUCGUCCCCUCAGACUCCAUCUCCCAGGCCGGCUCGUCCUCGCGACACUCCCGCCAUUCGCGCUCAAGCCGGCGGUCAAAGUCCAGCUCGAAACACGGCUCGAAACACAGCACUCACAAAACCGAAACCGCCACCGAAACCGCAAAAAGCUCCCACCCAACCCUCCACGCCCGCGCCGAAACCCUCCUCGACGACGUAAAAACAAUCUUCUCGCGCCACCACUCCGUCGCGCUGCGCCCUCGCCGCGACUCGCACCAUCAGGAUCCUCCCCCCGAAACCGCGAGUACACAUUCACACCAUUCCCACCGCUCGCGCCACAGCCAUGGCAGCACACACUCGCACCGCUCGUCCAAAUCCUCGAAAUCGAAAUCCUCCUCUUCUUCCUCCCAUAAAUCUAAACACAAAGACGCAGAUGCAGACGCAGAAAUAGCGGAAAUAGUGGAUGCGGUUGAGCAGAUACCGGUUAUUCGCCGUGCGGAACAUGGCUCGAAGGCGGGGAGUGAGGCGGGGAGUACGGGGACGGUGCGGAGGUUGGUUGCUGUGAAGGAUGAUGCUGGGGCGGGGAUGCUGCCUGUGAGGGGGAUUACGAGGAGUAUGGUUGAUGGUGGGGAUGGGGGGAGUAAGGGGAGUAAGGGGAGUAGGGCGGGGAGUAGUAAAGGGGGGAGUAGGGCGGGGAGGAGUGUUGCUACUGUUGUUGUUUGA